AACAUCAACCUCCACCAACAUCUAGAGGCAGCGGAUAGGUUGCAGGCACUCGUCCCGAUAGAAAAAAGGUUGCAGCCGCUGGUGCGGCUUGGAUUCAGAAUGCGGAAACGUAGCGAUCCGCAACAGGGGCUUGCAAUUGCAACCACUCUCCCGGGGCAGAAACUCAGAGUGCUUAGGGUUACGUUCAACUGACUCGUGCAGCGGACAACCGUGCCCCGAACAGCCGAACGGAUUCGUGCGACCCCCAACGGUGCCUGCAAACUUGGAACGCUUACUAUUGGUUACGCUCAACUGACUCACGCGGCGGACACCCAAACAAUUCGCGCGGCGAAAUGGGCCAACCAACCUCCGAGGAAAUCAGGGCCGCCCGACUCCCGCGGCGGUUACCCUUAACCGAUUUCUUGCGGUACUGCCCCUGAAAGAAUCGGAGCCGUUCGUUUGACGAUCUGGGCCAGCGGAAAUGUGAUGCGGGGAAUGCGAGGGCAGGGCGUCGCUCGAUCGCGUCCGUGGCGGGAUGAAAACGAAAUCUCUUCGGGAGGAGGGCUGCUGCUAGCCUGGACCCGCCCGGAACCGGACUGAAGAUAUAAGCAAGGGAUUCUAAGCCGUUUCAAAAUCCAGUUGUAUGCACCAAGGGCUUGAAACUGGCUUGAGAGCGGCUUGAGACGGCCAUAACGGAAGGGCUGCUGAUUUUCAGUGUCGCUGCGAGUAGUACCCAGACACACCACCCGUGCUACCACCUGCACUACCACCCAUACAGUCACAUGGAACUACUAAGGACCAAUCGAGCCAUGGCGACCCUGCAGUGCGCCGAGUCGUGGUUGGCUCUCCUUCUCGCUGCUCUCCUCCUCGUCCUUACAGAGAUCACCACGUGUACUGCUCAGCAGGACUUCUCGAGCGCUGACGCGCCCACGGCCAUCCGAUUCGGGCGGCGCAAGACACUGGUGAUGCCGGGCCUCCCCCCCGUGUCCACAGGUCUGCUGCUGCCGCUCACCCCCAACAUGUGGUCGUCCAUUCGCCGCCGCAACCCCACCUUCCGCCACGCCAGCGUGGGCUUCGUGCCGCCCGGCAACGGCAGCGGCAAUGAGAGCGCUGCCCCGCGGUGGAACUAUCUUGACCGCGUUGACUGGCAGCAGCGCCGCAUGGUGCGGCCCGUGCAGAACCAGGCCUCCUGUGCCGCCUGCUGGGCUAUAGCAGCGGUGGCAGCAGUGGAGUCGCUCUACGCCAUCGUCACCAACUCGCCUCCCCCCGCCAUCUCUGCGCAACGCCUCCUCGAAUGCGCGCCCAACACCCCCCGCACCCCCCCCACCACUCCCCCCACCACCUCCCCUUCUCCCCCCGCCACCACCGCCAUUGCUGCGCCUUCCGUGGAUGGGAGUCUGAGUGACUACCUGGCAACUUUUGAGUCGACUCAAAAGCAAUCUUCUGUCAACGGGAGUCUGAAUGACUACCUUGCAAGUCAGAUCGCACUUCUGGAGUCGGCUCAAAACUCACAGUCCCCUGCUGCUGCUGCUGCUGCUGCGGAUGCAUCUUCCUUGAAUGGGGGUGGGGGUGAGAGUGGGAGUGAGGGAGAUGACACGGAGAGCCAGCAGCGCUGGAUGGACGGCUGUGAUGGCGGGUGGUCCGCAGAGGCGUUCGAUUACAUGGCGUUUUCGGCCCUCCCUGCCGCUGCUGGCGCACCUUUCAUCGGUGCUAGGGGUACCAGAAACUCCUCCCGUGUGGCGCUGUGCCUGCAGCAGCAGCAGCAGCAGCAGCAGCAGCAGGCGGUGCCGCCGCCACUAGUCUACGCGGAUAACUCGGUGCCAUUCUCCCGCCGUCCCCCUUACAAAGGCCCCUUUAGCGUCACAAUGUUCGAGGAGACAGCACUCGAGGGGUAUCUGGGGAUGAUUCUGGCGCUACAGCGGCAGCCCGUGGUGGCUGCUAUUGAGGCGGACCAACCCUCUUUUAUCAAAUACGAUGGGUCCUUCAUCUACUCCGACCCGGCCUGCUUCAUCAACGGGGUCGUGGACCACUCCGUACUCGUUAUAGGCUACGACCUCGCAGCACCGACCCCCCACUGGCUGAUCCUCAACAGCUGGGGCUCCUGGUGGGGCAGCUGGGGGGUCAUGCGCCUAGCCAUGUCCGGAGGAGACGGCAUAUGUGGCAUCCACUCCAUGCCAGCGCUCUACCCGGUUAUAAAGACGCCGGACCCGUGUUUUCCUGUGAACCCCUGUGGCGGAGGGAGGUGUGCCGUGGAUGCGGGCACGGGCGGCAACACGUGCGAGUGCCCCGAGGGGUUUCGGGCGGUGGUUAACAUUGACGGGUCGCAGUCGUGCGCUCUUGCCGCCCGCUGUGCGUUCUCCAUGGUGAACCCGUGCGACAGCGGCACGUGCAUCGACAGCAGCAGCAGCAAGGGCGGCUACUCCUGCCUGUGCCCGCCGCCAGCGGAGCGCGGCAACAACACGGACGGCACGCAGACGUGCAUCGUGCCGCCAGCAGCCCUCGCCAGCAGCAAUGGGGAGAAUGGCAACGACGGCAACAACGCCAACAAUGGCGGUGGCAGCAACAGCGGUGGUAGCAGCGACAGCGGCAGUGGCAGUGGUAGUAGUAUCGCUCCGAGUGUGCGGCGGGUGCGGGUGUUGGAAGGGAUGACAUGCGGCAUGCUGGCACUCACCUUCCGCCUCACUGUGGAGCAGCUGCAGCAGACCAACCCGGGCAUCGACUGCAGCAGGCUUGAGAUCGGCACAACGGUGAUGGUCAACACGUCUGCUGCGGCAGUCGCCUGCUCCCUGUCUUAUGCUGCAUCCCCGGGCGACACCUGCGCUUUGAUAGUGGGCCUAUUCAAUACAAGCACAGCGACGCUACUCUUCCUCAACCCCCAGCUGGACUGCUCCCUUCCCUUCGCCACCAGCCAGUCUAUCUGUGUAGCAGCAGCAUCAACACCCCUCCCCCGUCGCUGCGCGCAGUGGUACACGCCGCAGCCCGAGGACACGUGCCAGGGGAUCAUGCAGUCCGUGGCCAGCCCCCCCCUCCCCCCCGCGCACUUCUUUGCGCUCAACCCAGGCCUCUCCUGCUCCCACCUCGAACAGCCAAACGCUGCCGGCGUGGAGGUCUGUACGAGGGCGGCUCCCAAUCUGACGGGAGCGACCAACUGUUUUACGGGCGAAGUGUACUAUGCGACGCGAGGAGACACGUGCGCACGCAUACUGGCGAUUUAUUUCUCCUAUAGUGCACGGCUCAUGGCGCAGUAUAACUACGGUGCUGUUUGCAGAAUGCCGCUGUUUGUUGGCCAGCGAUUCUGCCUGCCUCCGCUAGAGAGGAAGGGGACCGUGCUUUAUCCACCGUCGAGCCGCCAAUAAACAUUAAUGAUGCGAGUCAGUCCUGAUCGCUGUGUUAUUCCACGAGUGUUUCCGUUAGAGCUGAUGUAUUAUAUCAACUAUGUUGGAUGCUAUAAUAAUGGACAUUAAGUGACACAACUCUUGUAUAUGUUUUGCUGUUGAGAAGUGACAAAUAUUACGUAUGCU